AUAAAUAAACUAAUCAUUAUAACAGAGACAUAUAACAAUAUAUAGAGAGAAUAAUCAUAUGAUUAUUUGAUUCGUUUAUCGGAAUCUCGCGCCGGUGAAUUUUUGACGCCGGAUAGUUCGAUCGCCGGCGAUCACGUUAGAGGUUUUGAUCGAAGAUUUCGCCUGAGAUUGUUAGUUUUUGUGUUGUUGGUAAAGAGGAUGGUGAAUUUUUUGGUGGCGCGAGCGACGAGCGAUAUGCUGAUCGGUCCUGAUUGGGCAAUGAAUGUUGAGAUCUGCGAUAUAUGCUCUCGCGAUCCUGCGCAAGCGAAAGAUGUUGUGAAAGGAACAAAAAAGCGUCUUGGCAGUAGGAAAUCAAAAGUCCAGCUACUUGCCUUGACACUGUUGGAAGCAAUUGUGAAGAAUUGUGGAGACAUUGUGCAUAUGCAUGUCGCUGAGAAAGGUAUUCUUCAUCAGAUGGUGAAAAUGGUAAAGAAGAAGCCCGAGUUUCAUGUCAAGGAAAAGAUAUUAGUUUUAAUAGACACUUGGCAAGAAGCUUUAGGAGGACCAAGGGCGAGAUACCCACAAUAUUAUGGAGCCUACCAAGAGUUGUUGCGCCUUGGAGCAGUAUUCCCUCAGAGAUCUGAGAGAUCAGCUCCUGCAUUCACAGCUCCUCAAAAACAUCUCCUGGCAUCUGAUCCACAUAACCCUCAGAAGCCUGGGUCUGGACAGGAUGCAGCCGAGUCUUCAGCAGAUGCUGAGUAUCCCACCUUGAGCUUGACGGAGAUUGAGAAUGCACGUGGUAUUAUGGAUAUCCUUGCUGAAAUGCUGAAUGCAUUAGGUCCUGAAAACAAAGAGGGACUCAGACAAGAUGUCAUUGUUGAUUUGGUGGCACAAUGCCGUACAUACAAGCAGAGAUUGGUACACCUUGUAAACUCGACUACGGAUGAGUCACUGCUAUGCCAAGGACUAGCACUGAAUGAUGACUUACAGCGUGUAUUGGCCAAACAUGAAGCUAUUGCAUCAGGAACUUCUGUUAAAGGGGAAACAUCAAAACCUGAACCUGCCCAAUCCCUUGUAGAUGUUGAUAGUCCUCUGAUUGAUACUGGAGCCACCAUCCAGCCAGACCAAGGAUCUACAUCAAGUGCUUCAGGGACGCAGUUGCUUCUUCCUGCUCCUGCAUCAGCUAAUGGUCUAUCAACAACUUCAAAAGAAAUUGUCCGUAUGAUAGAUCUUCUCAGCGGAAAUGACUUUGGCUUAGAAACAUCUGAGAAUGCUCCCUUAGAAACAUCUGAGAAUGCUCUUGCGCUUGUUCCUGCUGGAGAACCUCAGCCAGCAAGUCCUUCACAGAACAAUGCCCUUGCUGUUCUCGACAUGUUUUCACAGCCUAGCACCACACCCUCUACAUAUUCAGUUGGUCAGGGACACCCUUCAUCCCCUCAAUUUCAGCAGCAACAGAAUUUUAAUUCUGUGCAACCAUCUUUGUACCAAAAUGGAAGUGUCCCUGGUAUGAGCUACACUCAAGGCUCCACUCCUGCCUGGAACAAGCAGAUGUCACAGCAACAACAGCCUGCUUCUCCAGUCUACGGAACUCAAAGCUCUAAUCCUUUUGCCCUUCCUCCAUGGGAAAUUGAGGCAGAAGACAGCCAAAUAACGGGUAGCCCUUAUGCUCAGCCUGUGCUAAAUAAUCAGUUGAUGCCAGGUAGUUCACAAGCUCUAGUAUUGCACAAUAAUCCAGUGAUGCCUGGCAGUCCACAUGCUAUGCCAAUGCAAAAUGAUCAGCUGGUUGUAGCCAAUGCCCAGCAACUAGCGGGCGGUACAUACCUCCACGGCAUGUAUCAGCCAAAUACUGCUGGACAGCAUGCUACGAUGAACAAUCUGGUCAUGCAAAGCAAUCAGAUGGAAGGCUUACAUCCUCAACAAUUCCAAGGUGGACAGCCAGCGGGUUUGUAUCCACAACAAAUGCCUUCUGGUCACAUGGCUUAUAUGUAUUCUCAGCAAAUGUACGUCAACCAAAUGGCCAGCUAUGGUUACAGUAACACUCAACAACAAAAUACUCAGUUCCUAACCCAAGGAAUGUCUGGGCUCUCUAUGACGGACAAUGGUUCUUCUUAUCCAGUUUCCACUCCUUCGUAUGUGCCAUCUGGAAAGCCCUCGAAGCCUCAAGACAAAUUGUUCGGGGACCUAGUUGACCUUUCAAAAUUCAAAUCAACCAACGGUGCUCCGGGGAGUGCUGGCAGCACGUGACAGCGACUAGUUUAGCACCUUUUAUUCUUUUUUCUUUUCUUUUCAACUUUGAUAUAUUAGCAUCCUAUUUGAUUCAUAAGCUUCUGUUUCUCUUCUUUAUUUUCAAAUUUACAAAUCCAUAUUCAUUUGUUGGUUCUUCACGAGAUGAUGAGAGUUGUGUACAUUUCUUGUAGAGAGAGAAGAAUUAGAUUCAAAAGAAAGGAACUCGAGGAACCUCUCGUUUCGCUACCUUGAAUUUAUAUAGGAUAUAUUCAUUUAUUUCAUUUUUAUGCA